CACGGUGUGGAGCAGCUGGUGCUGGGGCUGUACAUCAUCCGCGGUGACAACAUAGCGGUGGUGGGCGAGUUGGACGAGGACCUCGACUCAAGCGCGCUUCACGCCCCCCUGCCGCUAGACAAGCUCAUGUGCCACGUGGCAGGCACUGGUAGGCCGCAAGACGCCAGCGGCAACUCGUUGUUCAAAGGGCAGCCUCCUGGCGACCACCCUCAGGCGGUUCUGCUGCUUCCUGGAAGCUUCAACCCGCCCACGAUUAUGCACCUGAGGAUGCUGGGUGCGUGGGUGGCUGGUAGAGGGUCCACGGGGAGUCAGCUCAGGACCGCGGGUGGGACGUGGUUGGGCCUCGCCCCCGCCAAGGAGCGGGUAGCCAUGUGCCAGCUGGCAUGCGCUGAUUCGCCCUUCAUCAUGGUCGACCCCUGGGAGGCAUCCCAGCAGUGCUACCAGCGCACCCUCUGUGUGCUGCGACGACUGCACCAAACACUCAAUGCCCCGCCUGCUCCAACACCCUCCUCUGCCGCCCAAGCUCCAUCCUCUGCCGCCCAAGCUCCAUCCUCUGCCGCCCAAGCUCCAUCCCCUGCCGCCCAAGCUCCAUCCUCUGCCGCCCAAGCUCCAUCCUCUGCCGCACAAGCUCCAUCCUCUGCCGCCCAAGCUCCAUCCUCUGCCGCCCAAGCUCCAUCCGCCGGCGCUCACCCAUUGUCUCCCAUGCAUUCUCAACCAUCACUGAGAAACCAGUCAUCCUCAUCGCCACUUGCCCCACACCCAACCUCGCAUCCGCACCCAUUCCCACCCUUUUCAACACCUUCACACCCACACCCACCCUCCCCAGAAUCCCCACAGCCGCACCCGCCUCUGCACACUCACAUGUGGGCGCUUGAGGGCGCCACGGGUGAGUCCCCCUCGCUGCUGCCCACUGCUGCUGCUGGCACCGGCGGGUGGGGGAGAGGCGCGGAAGGAGGGAAGGGAGGCGGGGAAGGGGGAAGGGGCGCAGUAGGAGGGAGGGAAGGAGGGGGAAAUAGAGAGGAGGGAGAGGACGAUGGGGGGCAGGGUGUGAGCGGCGUGGGGGAAUCGAGGAGAGAAGAGGGCGAGCGGCAUUUGAUGGGAGUGGUGGCGAGUGGCGUGACGGGCGAGAUGAGGGAGAGCGGUGGGGGAGUGGGAGGGCAAGGGGUAGAGGCAGCAGAGGGGCAGAGGGUUGGCGAGGGGAGGGUGCAGGUGAUGCUGGUGUGCGGGGCGGACCUGUUGCAGUCCUUCACCAAGCCGGGCGUGUGGGUGCCCUCCCAUGUGGAGGAGGUGUUGGGAGCGCACGGGGUGGUGUGCAUUGCACGACAGGGCGCUGACGCCCACCAGCUUGUGCUGCACUCUCACCUUCUGCACCGCCACCGCCACAACAUCCUUAUAGUGGAUCAGCCUAUAGAGAACAACAUCAGCUCUUCCCGCAUCCGGAGGCUGUUACAGCGGGGCCUGUCAGCCAAGUACCUCGUGCCAGACGCAGUACUGCACCACAUUCGUGCAGCUCGCCUCUACGAGUGUGCGGACUAG